AUUUUCAUUGUUGGGUGAACUAUCCCUUUAAGGACUGAAACAACGUAUCGGGUCAGUAAAAAUAUAUACAGUCUGCAAAGUCAAAAGGUUAAGGGAAAAUGUUUUAUGGUCAGAGAAGUGUUGGGAAUUAAGAGAAGACAAAUUCAAAGAAACAAAAUGACAACCCUUUUUAUAAUAAAUGAGACAAAUAUAUGAAAAAAUAUAUAAAAUGGUAACUGGUCAUUCGCUGGUUGAGGGCAUCUCAUUCAACCUGUCCAUGUUGACAUGUGCCUAAAUUGGCAAGCUUCUACCAAGUGACAGAUGAAUUUGCGCCAAAAUACUGUAGAGUUUAAUUGGCUUUUCUCCUCCCUUUAAAAAGUUGUUAACUCAGAAUAAUUUAGCAAACACAUAGCAACAGCCUGACAACCACCCACAACACCCUGGCAACUGCAUAGCAACACACUGAAAAAUCACUCAGAACAAGUUUGCAACUGCAUAAUAACACCCUGGCAAGCACUCAAAACACCCUAGCAACCGUAUAGCAACACAUGAAAAACACUCAGAAAAAUCUAGCAACUAUAUCACAACACCCUGGCAACCAAAUAGCAACACACACACACACACACACACACACACACACACACACACACACACACACACACACACACACACAAACAAAACACUCAAAAAAAAAAACAAUUUAGCAACUGCAUAGCAACAUCAAGAAAACCAGCCACAACACCCUAGCAACCUCAUAGCAACACAAAAGAACACUCAGAACAAUUUAGCAACUGCAUAACAAUGCACUGACAACCACCCCAACACCCUAGUAACCGCAUAGCAACAUGUCAAAACCACUCAGAAAAAUGUAGCAACUGCAAAACAACACACUAGCAAAGGCAUAACAACACACAAAAACACUUAAAACAAUUUAGCAAAUGCAUAGCAACACCUUGAUAACCACCCACAACACCCUAACAACUGCAAAGCAACACAAAACAACAGUAAGAACAAUUAAGAAACCUCAUAGAAACACCUUAGUAAACUCACAGUAACAUGCCAGAUAAACUCAGAAUAAUUUAGCAACCACAUAGCAACACCCUGACAACCACUCACAUCGCCCUAGCAACUGCAUAGCAACACACCAAGAAAAUCAUUUAGAACAAGUUAGCAGCUGCAUAAUAAGACUCAGGCAACAGCGCACAACCCCCUAGCAACCACAUAGCGUAACACCAAAAAACACUCUUCUGCAACUGCAUAGCAACACACACAAAAGAACUCUCAGAUCAAUUUAGAAACCACAUACCAACAUUCUAAAAACCACCUACACCACCCUAGCAACCGUAUAGCAACACAAAAGAACACUCAAAACUAUUUAGCAAUUGCAGAACACCCUGGUAACCCUUCAUUUUUAAAUGAAAUAUUUAUUUCACUAUUCUAAAUGCAAUAUUACAUAUUUAUUUGCAUUUUGUUAUUUAGCCUAAAUUUAGCAUUGCUUUUUUUCCCCUGCUAUCUGUGACCCUAUCUGAUCAGAUUUGCAUCCCAUUUUUGGGUCAUGAUCCUCUAGUUGUGAACAAUUGUGGUAGACCAUCUUGGUCUUGUUAGUUAGGGCUGGUAGAUCAUCAAAAACCAACUUGACCACCAUAAGGGUUUGAAAGCAAUCCCAAACAUAUGUAAGAGUCUUUUAGAAAGAAAUAACUAUAUACACUGCAAUGCAUUCAUUGUUCAGUUCCCUUUAAAUGCAAUAAUCAACAGAAAUUUGAUUCAGCACAUGGCUCAACAGUUGGCACUAUAUUCAAGUGACAGAAAACAAUGUAUUCCAUGAAUACAUGAAAAGAACAGAACAUGUUCAGAUAAACAGACAGAUAACCUGCUACACACCUGUUGCCUUCAGUCACCGUUCCCGACCCAAAUACAGGUGACACAAACACUCUCAAGAGAACUGCUGUCAGCUGCUGUCCACACUACCUGUACUAACGUCACUGACACUAAAAACUGUCCACACUCAAUUAUAAAGGUCUUUAUGAGUGGUUUUAUUGAAAGUGAUUGGAGUUUGUGAUAUGUACAGUCAUUGUGUGGUCUUCUCACACAUCUGUUCUUAUUGUUCCAUGAUCUCAGUUCACUAUAUAAGAGCAGAAACAGAGACAAACAGGGCUGGACACAGUUGAUGUUAAAUAUUCAGUUCUUUCAGUUCAAUUUUAAUGUUCUGUGAUGUGUAAAGGUCUGUCUGCAAUCCCAUCCUCAUGCCUGGAGAAGGCAAAAGGCAUGAGGGUUAAACUAUCUCACCUGGCCGAAAAACAGGAUUGGGGACACAAAAACAGAGCUCACGAAGAAAAGCCGCCACAAGACCUGGAAUCUCUGCUUAACAGCAAGAUGGGCCUUCAGGCGUUCCGCUGGUUCCUGCGUUCAGAGUUCAGUGAGGAGAAUCUGGAGUUCUGGUUGGCAUGUGAAGAUUACAAGAACUCCUCAGGCUCUAAACUGGCAGCAAAAGCCCAGAGCAUCUACAACCAGUUCAUCAACCCUGAUGCGCCUCAUGAGGUGAAUUUGGACAGUGAGACCCGCGAAUCAUUAAUGGACCUGGAGGCACCCACAGCAGACACGUUUGAUGAAGCUCAGCACCGGAUCUUCUCUCUCAUGGCUAAAGAUUCAUUUCCACGUUUCAUGCGUUCUUCAUACUGUAAGCAGCCACUCAAAGCUCUGCAAAACACAACCUGCUAUUAAACCUGUGGGUUAUAUAAUUGUUUAAAGGGAAAGUUCACCCAAAAAUGAAAAUUCUGUCAUCAUUUACUCACCCUCAUGCCAUCCCAG